AAAGCCCCACCCAGAGAGUGAAGUGGGGUCUGGAUUCCCCUUCAGGUUCCGGCCCUUCGUGCCCCACAUCCCCUUCGACUUUUAUGUGUGUGAGAUGGCUUUUCCUCGUGUCAAACCUGCAGCUGAUGAGACGGCCUUCAGCGAGGCCCUGCUCAAGAGGAACCAGGACCUGGCUCCCACUGCUGCAGAGCAGGCUUCCAUCCUGUCCCUGGUGACCAAGAUCAACAACGUCAUCGACAACUUAAUCGUGGCACCCGGGACCUUCGAGGUGCAAAUCGAGGAGGUUCGCCAGGUGGGCUCCUACAAGAAGGGCACGAUGACCACGGGGCACAACGUGGCCGACCUGGUGGUGAUCCUGAAGAUCCUGCCCACCCUGGAAGCCGUGGCAGCCCUGGGGAACAAGGUGGUGGAGAGCCUGAGGGCGCAGGACCCCAGCGAAGGUGGGACCUGUGGAGUGACUUCCCGCCUUCCCCGGGGGAGUUUUCCAUGCUGCCUGUCCGGGGCAGACCUGGCGUCCGAGAUGUCCACGUGGGACGGGGUGAUCGUGACCCCCUCGGAGAAGGCGUACGAGAAACCCCCGGAGAAGAAGGAAGGGGAGGAGGAAGAGGAAAACCAGGAAGAGCCAGCGGCGGGAGAGGAGGAGGAGAGCAUGGAGACCCAGGAGUGAGGGCACAGGGACACC